CGAUCCUUACAAAGGAUCACGAGUGACAGGAGUGAUCAUGAGAAGACGGAAAAGCUAGUUGGGGGGGGGAAACAAAGCAAAACGUUUGUCUGGAUCUCGAGUGGCGAGCUGCCGGGGGAGUGCAACAUGGCGAACAUCACCAAGAAAGUGUCGUGGUCCAGCCGAGGUGACGAGUCCGGGCCGGCCGGGGAGGAGACCCCGCUGCUGAACGGCUCCGAGCAGUCCAGACCCCUGACACAGAUGUCAAGUGGGAGCACUAAAUUUCAGAUAGGCAGACUCAGCACGGUGGAUUUGGAAGAGGAGAUAACCACAGAAGAGCAGGAAUCAGCGAGGGGGCGACCCAAAGAGAUCCCUCACAACGAGAAGCUGCUGUCACUUAAAUAUGAGAGUCUGGACUACGAUAACAAUGAAAACCAGCUGUUUCUGGAGGAGGAGCGGAGGAUGAGCUUCAUGGCUUUUCGCUGCGUGGAGAUCAGUCGGUGGGUGAUCUGCGGCCUGAUCGGCUUACUGACGGGCCUCAUCGCCUGUUUCAUCGAUAUCGUGGUGGAACAGCUGGCUGAGCUCAAAUACAAAGUGAUCAAAGAGAAUAUUGUAAAGUUUACAGAAGCGGGCGGCCUGUCCAUCUCUCUCAUCCUCUGGGUUGUCCUCAACUGUGUCUUUGUCAUGUUGGGAGCCAUCAUGGUGGCUUUCUUUGAGCCAAUCGCAGCUGGAAGCGGGAUUCCUCAGAUAAAGUGUUACCUAAAUGGAGUCAAGAUUCCCAGGGUGGUACGGCUUAAGACUUUGCUGGUAAAAGUGUUGGGUGUAAUCUGCUCCGUGGUUGGAGGUCUGGCUGUAGGGAAGGAAGGCCCGAUGAUUCAUUCUGGUGCUGUCGUGGCAGCUGGGGUCUCGCAGGGCAGGAGCACCUCCCUAAAAAGAGACUUUAAGAUAUUUGAAUAUUUCCGGAGAGACACAGAAAAAAGGGACUUUGUUUCUGCCGGCGCUGCGGCUGGAGUUUCUGCUGCGUUUGGAGCUCCAGUCGGCGGUGUUUUGUUCUCUCUAGAGGAGGGAGCCUCUUUCUGGAAUCAGAUGUUGACAUGGAGGAUUUUCUUUGCCUCCAUGAUCUCCACCUUCACGCUGAACUUCAUCCUGAGUAUCUAUCACAAUAAACCGGGAGACCUCUCCAAUCCAGGUCUCAUCAAUUUUGGACGCUUUGAGAGUGAAGUGAUGGAGUAUAACCUCUAUGAGAUUCCCUUGUUUAUGGGUAUGGGAGCUUUAGGUGGAAUGUUGGGAGCUUUGUUUAACGUCCUCAACUACUGGCUGACCAUCUUCAGGAUCAGAUACGUUCAUCGGCCGUGUUUGCAAGUGAUGGAAGCCAUGUUGGUGGCCGCGGUGACCGCGACGGUGGCUUUCAUCAUGAUCUACUUCUCCACGGACUGUCAGCCUCUGGGGCCAGAUCACAACGAGGAGUACCCGCUGCAGUUAUUCUGUGCAGAUGGAGAGUAUAACUCCAUGGCGACAGCUUUCUUCAACACUCCCGAGAGAAGCGUGCGUAGUCUCCUUCACAACCCGCGAGGAACCUACAACGCUCUGACGCUGGGUUUGUUCACCCUGACCUACUUCUUCCUGGCGUGUUGGACCUACGGCCUGUCGGUGUCUGCCGGAGUCUUUAUCCCGUCUCUCCUGAUAGGAGCAGCCUGGGGGAGGCUGUGUGGAAUAUUGCUGGCCUCUACUACUCCUAACGGCUUGACGUGGGCUGACCCUGGUAAAUAUGCCCUGAUUGGAGCUGCUGCUCAGUUAGGUGGCAUUGUGAGAAUGACCCUCAGCUUGACGGUCAUCAUGGUGGAGGCGACGGGCAACGUCACCUACGGCCUUCCCAUCAUGCUCGUACUCAUGACGGCCAAGAUAGUAGGAGACUACUUUCAAGAGGGUUUAUACGACAUCCACAUCAAGCUGCAGAGCGUUCCCUUCCUGCACUGGGAGGCUCCCGCCACCUCCCAUUGGCUCACGGCCAGGGAGGUGAUGAGCUCUCCGGUCACCUGCCUGAACAGAAUAGAGAAGGUUGGCACCAUCGUCGACAUCCUCAGCAACACUUCCACCAAUCACAACGGCUUCCCUGUCGUCGCGCAGGUCUCCGUCGAUGACGAGCCGGCUAAGCUCUGCGGCCUCAUUCUGCGCUCUCAGCUCAUCGUUCUCCUCAAACACAAGGUGUUCGUGGAGCUGGCGCGGUCCCGGCUCAGUCAGAGGAAGCUGCAGCUGAAAGAUUUCAGGGACGCCUACCCCAGGUUUCCGCCCAUCCAGAGCAUCCACGUGUCUCAGGAUGAGCGGGAGUGCAUGAUGGACCUCACGGAGUUCAUGAACCCAACUCCGUACACUGUACCACAGGAGACGUCUCUUCCUCGUGUGUUCAAGCUGUUCAGAGCGCUCGGACUCAGGCAUCUAGUGGUGGUUGAUGACGCGAACAGGGUGGUUGGACUGGUGACCAGGAAGGACUUGGCCAGGUAUCACCUGGGUAAACACGGACUGGAGGAGCUGCAGUUGGCUCAGACAUAGCGCACACACUUACGGACAGUGACACCUGAUGCCUCCGAGGCCACCAGCCUACCUUCACGCCCGAGAGAGCCGUUCUUCAGCAGCCCCCCCUCCAUGUGAAAUAAGUGUGAAGAAAAUGACUGGUUUGUAGUUUUUAAUAAUGAUUUUGCUGGGUUUGCGCUUAUGUUCGGCUCUCGGUUGCCUACUUUUCUUACCUUGAGUCGUCCUUUCUUUUAUCAUGCUGGGAAGAUCCAGUUCAAAUUAAAUCCAGUUAGCAGGAUCACUUUCAAUGAAACGUGUAAAUUUAAGCAUUUAAAAGCUUAAUUUAUGCACCUCUCCUUCGAGAUGUAACUAACCAAGUCAGGGUCCAGGUUUAGUUUGGCUAUGUGGGUAAAUAAUAAAUGAUGUUUCCAUCUGUCUGGCUUUUCACUCCACCUCCAUAACAUUGAAGGGUCCUUUCUGCUGGGGACUCAUGCUGUUGAAUCCUAAGAAGUUUUGUGUGUUGUUUUUUUUUUCUUCUUCUUUGAAAUCAGUUUAGUUAAAAUAGUUGUUAAUGUAAGUGUUAUAUUAUUAUGUGUUGUUUUGAACCGAGAGAGUGAUGUUAUUUAUUCAUGUUGGAGACCUGUUUUAAUGCACAGCCGAAGGUCUUAGAGUUUUAUUUCCCAUUGUUGCCUCUUUUUCUGUUUAACAAACCAUUACAUUACUCCUGAGAGCAAAUGCUAGAUCGAUACUAAAAGGUACAAAUUAAUUUUCUUCAUCAAAGCCCCCUCUUAAGGUUUGCACUUUCGCCAUUUUUUGUGAAAGUCGAUGAAGUUUGAAGAUCUUUCUCAGGAAGCUGUAUGUGAAUGGAAGUUUGGAAGAAUAUUGUACUGAUUCAUGUUGGUCAGAAAUAUAAAAUUCAAUGUUUGAUUUAUUUUUUUUGUAUGUCAGUUUGUACAUUUCUUUAGACAUCAGUAUUAAUAUCUUGUGCACUUUGCUGUAAAAUCCAUUAAAUUUAUUCUCUUUAAUAUGUCAUUGUAUAGAACAUAAAAAGGUUUACUGAACUCUUUUAUAACUACUAGAAAUGCCUUUUGUGGAAAAAUAAAGUUGGAAUCUAUCCAUUAUAAAAGUCA